AGUCGACCUCUCUCCAGGAAAGGCUGUUUUCUUUUUUCCCACCGUCCCGCCCCUUUUCCAACCCGAAAGGGAGAGGUGGAAAUGCAGACGAUCUGAGUCUGCAAGAAACUCCCUUUCGUAAAGUUCUAAUUGGUUCAAAAAUAAAUAUCAAAAGAAAAUAACGCCUUCUACCCUUAAAGGAAAAUGAAAACGAUACAGGGAUGUAACGACACUGUUUUGCACUUUACUGAUCUUUCUCCUUUCUCCUUUCUUCUUCCUUCCUUCCUGAUCUGAGAGUAGUCGACUAGAGUUUUUCUAAGCUUCUAAAUAUUGUUGAAGCGUUAACGUCUCUUUCGAAGUGAGUUCAUUCUUCGGCACAAGCCGUAAUCAAGGCAUCACAUGGCGAAUGAUGGCCCCUGCGGUGCACGGCGUGGCUUGUGUUGUGCAUAAACAAUUGCUGAUUGCCGUGCUUGUUGUGUGACAAAAAAUAGCGGUACAAUGCAGCGAGUAAUUCCAACCUCGACCUUUGCGUUGAGGAGCGCCGCCUGCGAGCGGCUGCCCUGGCCCCUCUACUUCUCUCUGCUGCGGCUAUGGGCAGUUGGCGUGCUUUCUCUACCGUGCGUGCCGACGGAGGUCUCUCGUCUCGAAUCGACGCGUGUUGCAUCUCUUUGUCUGUCGACGCUGUCGCGCUGUCGCAGCAUAUUGGCGGAGAGUAGCUUCUGCCUGUCAUCUUCGUUUUUGUUUUUGUAGUACUCAACCCUCCAUCUUUUCCUCGUCUGCCUGCUGCGCUCUCGCGUUCUUCGCCCUCCCUCCGCUGCGUGUGAACGUUUCCGCGUUGCACGAGCACAAAGCCUCCUUCGAAAGCGGACGCGCCUUCUUUCUACGCGCCACUUCACCCAUCCCUCAAAACGUGAGUAUUCGCCUCACAAGUAGAAGAGCUGUGCAGGCUGUGUGCGUGCCCCGUGCCGCGCAGGUCAGUCUUCCCUCUCUGACUUCUUGAGUGUUUCGCAUUCAGCAGUUUUUUCUUCGUUGUUGCUGGCGGUCAUUUCAUAUUUUAUUCCUCGCCCGGGUUUGCGAAAUCGAGGAAGAGGGAGAUCGAGAGGGACAGAUCAGCUGCGCCUCUGUGUGUGAUGGCAGUGCUUUGCUGAACCCUUAUUUUUUCGUACCACGCACACUUUUUGAUACCUGUAUAACCGUAAUGGCUGAGAUUCACAUCUUUGACUUUGAUGGGACCCUUUUCUACUCACCGGCCCCCACGCGCGCAGCGGUGGCCUCACUCGCGCGUCAAACAUCAUUGGAGGGAGCGACAGCUGCCGGUGAUGAUGCCUCCACGGCGGCUGGGACGCCCAGCGUGCGCGAGGCGAAGGAGAGGGAGAGGGAGGCGGACAGGCUGUACGGCAGCCUGAUCAACCCCGUCGACGCUGGCGGUUACGGGUGGUUUCAGAGCCUCUGCACCAUGUCUCCUCCUUUUGUGCCUGCGGCACCAGACCCUUCGGUUUGGUUUGUAAUGCCGAUCCUUACGCACAUGCGGGCGCUGGUGGGGCGUCGAAACGCUGCGCUGCACGACCCGCACGCGACGGCGGCAGAUACACCGCUUUUCUACGUCCUCACUGGCCGUGACGUGAAGUACGCGGACCGUAUUUGGACGUUGUUGCAGCACGUCGGACUCGAUACCGAGGUGGAGGACGUCAUCGUAAAGCCGCACGAGACCGCCGGGACGGUGAAGUACAAACUGAAUAACUUCUUCAAGAUCAUUCAGCAUCAUCGCCCAUCACGCGUGUUCUACUACGAGGAUCGUGUGGAGCAGGGUGGUCGGCUAUUCGAAGGGAUUCGAGUGCUGGAGGAAGUGCUGUACGGCACCGAGAACGGUAGCGGCGGCGGUGGUUCGGCGGUGGGGCGGGUGGGAGUCGUGACGUUCGACGUGGAGGCAAGCGAAAAUGCACCCGCCGGCCCGCCGACUCUCGGAAGCGCGUGCCACUCCCCACAGCCGGUAGUGACCUAUCGGUUUGGCGCGGUCGCGGCACGUAGCCAACCGCCGUCUGCCGCAGAAGCCGACCCGCGUCAUUUGCUGUUGACCUCCCAUCUACGUGCCAGCCCCUAUCGCCUCCUCCGCGAGGCCUGCUACCCGUUAGAUCACACCACCGCGUUCUACCAGGGGGAGACGAGUGAACACGCCGCCAAAGCUGCUGCACACGCGGCGCGGCAGGCGUGGCGGUGGGUGGAGAGCACGAUUGCCUUUUGGAACUCGAAGAGCGCCACUGGAAGGGGCCGUGGUGGCCGUGGUAGCCGUGGUAGGGGUCGCGCGGGGGGGCCCGCCAGGCAGGCACCGGAAAGCGAGUUCGACGCCCGCGCGUUACACGACGCCAUCCACUUCAAUGUCGCACCGCCCUUUGCUUUUAUUAUGGUGCUCAUCCCUCCUGCGAUAGCUGACCGAUCGAACUACAUGCUGAGCCCGGAUCAGUUUGCGGCGCUCGUGGAGCGACUGACGGCUGCGAGGGACGCACGCGUAGCGCACGGUGCCGCUGCUUCAACGCAUUGA